AUGCAGCUGAACUUCAAUGGGUUGCGAGCCCUGGUGACAGGUGCAGGGAAAGGGAUCGGACGGGACACAGUAAAGGCACUCUGCAAAUCUGGAGCCAGGGUGGUGGCCGUGAGCCGGACCAAUGAAGACCUGGUCAGCCUUUCCAAGGAGUGCCCAGGGCUGGAGCCCAUGUGCGUGGACCUGGGUGACUGGGAGGCCACAGAGCAGGCACUGGGUAGCGUGGGCCCUGUGGACCUGCUGGUGAACAAUGCAGCUGUGGCGCUGCAGCAGCCCUUCCUGGAGAUCAGCAAGGAGGUCUUUGACAGGUCAUUCAAUGUGAACCUGCGUUCUGUGCUUCAAGUGUCCCAGAUUGUGGCACGGGGCAUGAUCAGCCAAGGGGUACCUGGCUCCAUUGUCAACAUCUCCAGCAUAGCUGGCCUUGUCUCCUUACCUCAUCUGGCUGUCUACUGCUCCACCAAGGGUGCAAUGACCAUGCUGACCAAAGUCAUGGCCCUGGAAUUGGGGCCACACAAGAUCCGGGUCAACUCUGUGAACCCCACGUUGGUGCUGACGGCCAUGGGCCAGAGUGUUUUUGAGAACCCCGAAAUAGCCCAGAGGAUGAAGGAACGACACCCACAGCAGAAGUUAGCAGCGGAGGUGCAGGACGUGGUCAACAGCAUCCUCUUCCUGCUCAGCGACUGCAGCGCCAGCACCACCGGCUCGUCCAUCCUGGUGGACUGCGGGUACUUGGUCUCUUAG